AUUACCAACUCCUUGACCCCCAUCUCCAAGCUAAAUUCACCCUAGUCCAAGCCACCCAACAAUUACCCCACUUCGAACAAGAAUUAGCCCAGAUUAAACAAACUCGGGAAUUAUUAGAAAAUCAUGAAUAG